UCUGACUUUGUCUUGCCCGGGAUUUCCCGCAAUUCAGCGAGGAAUUCAGCGAAAGGCUAACGCGGGAUCCCCUAAUUUGAUCACCCAAUUCCACCCUUUUACACGAGUCCCCAAACCCCAAGCUAGGCGAAAAGUCGUCUUCGCCCCUUUAUUAAAAUGAACAGCAGCAAUGCGCCAUCUUUGCCCCACAAGCGCCGCCGCCCCGCGUUGUCGUGUGAGCAAUGUCGUCGGCGCAAGGUCCAAUGCGACCGGAAGAUGCCUUGCGGACCGUGCAAGAAGACUCGACCAUCCUUGGCAUGUUCGUAUGUCCAUGAAGGAAAGGCCGCCCUGCAUGCUGGGCUUGAUAUGUCUGUAAUUGACGGGGACGAACCUGAGUUGAUGAUUCCUUGUUCCCCCAGGGCCCUUCUCAAUACCCGGGGUGGCUAUGUUGAAAGAACCCGACUCGCCCAAUUAGAACACAGUGUGUGAAUGCUUCAGGAAAGGGUGGAAAACUUGGAGCAUGGUAUUCAUGCAAAACAUAAGCACCACGAUCGAUCUAUGGCAUAUGAUGUUUCUGGAAUAGCUCGUCGUCUUAACGAACUUGAUAGUCGCGUUAAAGAGCUGGAACGGCAAUCCCCUACCAGCAGACCGGAUCGACGACC